CCUGCUAUUAGCAAUUUAGCAAACAAUUGCAAAGUGCAAACAAAACCCUAUCUUCAUUGUACGCUGCUACCGGACCUGCUGUGCUCGCUGUCACCUGACACUUGCCGACACAACCUCUGUCCUCUGCUAGCCCAUCGACCUAUUUUCAACCUCCGCUUGUCGACCUUUUCAUAUGGAUCCAACUUUUGAAGAAGUUGAUAAUGCAAUUCCAUUAGAGGAUGAUCCUGAAUAUAUGAAAAUGGAUGGAAAAGGUAAAAAGGAAAACAAAAGGUCUAAGGUGCGGGAUCACUUUAAAAUUCGAGAAGAUGAGAAGACAGAAUGUAAUUAUUGUGGACAAACAUAUAAGCAUCAUGCAAAAAACUGCGGAACUAGUACAUUGUGGAAUCAUAUCACGCAUUUGUGCAAGAAGUAUCAUAGAGUGUUCAGGACAAGAAGCAAAAGAGAAUGACAGGUUAUAGUAUGUUUAAAACUGGUGAGCAUUCUAAGGAUAUUGAUAGGCAUGAAGAAUCUGUCAAGUUUGUUCAAAGAGAGGUUAGAAAACAGAUUACAAGGUCCUUUAUAUUGUCCGAGUUACCUUUUAGACAUGUGGAAGAUGAAGGUUCUCAGUCUUAUACAAGAUAUUUUUUUCCCAAAAUUUGUAUUUCCUUCAAGAAUGACGGUAGCAAGAGAUAUAUAUAAUUUGUUCCUAACUGAGAAGAAGAAAUUAAAGAAAGAGUCGAGUCAACAUAGAGUUUGUUUGACCACUGAUUGUUGGACGUCAAUACAAAAUGUUAGUUAUUUGUGUUUAACUGCUCAUUGGGUUGAUAAUGAUUGGAUACUUCAAAAAAGGAUUAUAAGUUUCAUUCAAGUCCCUAGCCAUAAGGGAGCUAUGGUGGGAAAUGAGUUGAUUUCUUGUAUGAAAGACUAGGGAAUUAAUAAGAUUUUUUGUGUGACUGUUGAUAAUGCCUCUUCCAACGAUAUAGCAUUAUUGAGAUUGAAGAGUUACUUUAAAGAGAAGAAGAAUGGUCUAGUACUGGGUGGAGAAAUGCUUCAUAUGAAGUGUUGUGCUCAUAUACUCAAUCUUAUUGCUUGUGAUGACUUGAAAGAAAUAAGCUAUGCUAUUUUAGCUAUUCGUAAUGCAGUGAGGUUUGUAAGAUCUUCUCCAGAACGACUAAAAAGGUUCAAGGAGAGUUGCAAGGAAGAAAAUAUUGAGUCACGAGCUUUGUUGUGUUUGGAUGUCACAACUAGAUGGAAUUCCACAUACUUGAUAUUGCAAGCUGCUACGAAGUUUAAAAAAGCAUUUGUUGGUUUGAAAAGCGAUGGAAACUACACAAACUAUUUUAAUGAAAACAGAUUCGAUGGAAGAAAUAUAAAUGGACCACCAACACAUGUCGAUUGGGAUUGAGUAGAAGUAUUUGUUAGGUUCUUGAGGAGUUUCUAUGAAAUGAAUUUAAAAUUUAGUGGCUCGAAGUAUGUAACUUCUAACUCUUUCUUUCAAGAAAUAUGUGAAAUUCAUGGAGAGUUGAAUGAAUUAGCUAAAGAGUCUAACACUUUGAUGGGAUCCGUGGCAAUUAGUAUGUGGAAAAAAUAUGAUAAGUAUUGGGGCAAUGUUGAAAGGUUUAAUCAGUUGUUGUUCGUAGCAACAGUUCUUGACCCAAGGUGCAAGUUAGAACUUCUUAAAGUCGGGUUUGAACUAAUUUAUGAUGUAAAAAUUGUAAAAAUGUUGUUAAAAAGAGUUGAAGAGACACUCCACAGGUUGUAUGCAUGCUAUGAAGAAAUGGCAAUGCCGAUCACUCCACCAUUGGCUUCAUCAAAGGAGAGUACCAAAAAUAGUAGUCCAAGUCCUUCACAGCCUUCUUUUGGUCCUUCUAAAAAGAUUCCUUCUAUUUUUAAAGCUAAACUUACGCAAAACAUGCAAUCUGAGAAGAAUGAUUUGGUUGAUUAUUUGUUUGAUCGUUGUGAAGAUUUGACCAAUCCCAAAUUUGACAUAUUAGUAUGGUGGAAAUUGAAUGAGCACAAGUAUAAAAUUGUCUCCAAAAUUGCCAAAGAUUUAUUAGCAAUUCAAAUAUCCACGGUCGCUUCAGAGUCGGCAUUUUCCAUGAGUAGUCGGAUUCUUGACUCAUUUAGGAGUUCAUUGAGUGCACAGAUGGUUGAUGCCUUAAUAUGCACGAAGAAUUGGUUGCAUAGCAGCAAUGAAACUAUAGUGCUUUGUCAAUAUUUGGAUGAGAAGUCGAAUCAUGUGUUACAAUGGGGGAUAUUGAUCCAAUUUUUAUCAAAUGAGAGGUUAGUACUCUUGUACUUACUAUGAUAUUAUUGCUCGUAAAAGUUUGAGUGGAGUGCUUGUUGCUAAAUACUAACUUAAUACUAUAUUUUUGUCUUUUUGUUUAUAUAUCGAAUUUUAAACAAAUAUGAAUGUAAUUUAAUAUUUAACAUUACUGGUUCUCAUUUAAAUUUAUAUGUUAACUUGUUUUAAACAUAUUACUAUAACGUCGAUGGAAAAACCAUGGAUUAAAACCGAAUCAAACCGGAAAUAAUGGUUUGGUUUGAAAAAUAAAAUGGUUUGGGUUGGUUUAAUUCCAAACCGCAUGAAAUGGUUUGAGUUGAAAAUAUAAUACAAACCGCCCAAACCAAACCGUGUUCCCCCUAGGUCAUAGGCAUAUAUCGACAAUUAUAUUUUCCUAAAUAGAUUAAGUGUUGUCGUGGGUAACAAUGUGGAGGUAAAUGGCCGGCCCAAAUAAUAAUCAACUAUUUGAAUACAAGUGCUCAAAUUUCUGUGAGAUGUGACAAUUAGAGAACUUUAGGGGUUUUUAUACUCUAGUUGAAUAAAAAAUGGAAACAUGAUUAGUGUGAAGAUUCCUCUUUCCUAGAAGGAAGAUCAAUAUCUUGCAACUUUUCAGUUUUCACAAUCACUUUUGGAACAGUUUUAUGACGAAGACCUUUUUGUUGUGGAAAUUUUGCAUCAUUUUGGGAAAAUAUUUGCAUACAUCUCCACUCCUAUCAGAGGUUAUAUCAAAUUCAGUACCCUUUUUAUCUUAUCUGAAAGGUGUGCUGGUAAGUAACUAUUGUACAGCCAGACUUCAUGACUUUGUAGCAGAGGAAUGGGAGAGGCAAAACAAUGAUGUGAAUGGAAGGAGUCAGAAGUGGGAACAUGUUCUUUCAAGGGCUUUUACCAGAGCUGAUAAUGCACUCCAAAAUGGCAUAGUAGCACCAUAAACUGUUGGAUCUACAGCAUUAGUUAUUAUAGUGUCAGCUUGCCAGAUCAUUGCCUCCAAUUGUGGAGAUUAAAUGGCAGUACUUUGACGGGGCAACCAAAUAAAUUCCUUGACCAGGGAUCACAACUCACAAGGUCUUUUUCUUUUAUAUAGAUACAUUUCAGCAUCUAAAGUUUAUAUUUUCUCAUUAGCCCACUAGUAGAGUUGCUGAAUUUCAUUCAUCUGUAUGAACAUGUUAACUAUGUGUUAACUUUUGCCUUUAUCAGCUAGCUAGUAUUUUGAAACUUCAAUAAAUGGUAUAGACAGAUUAUUUCUUGUCAA